AUGGCAGUUCGCGUCCCUGUAGGCGAACUGGCCUGUAGCAAGCAAGGCUUCCAGCUGAUUGCCAGAAAAGAACAAGAAAAGAAAGAUAAACGCAGUAAAGCUCAGAAUCGACUCCGAUCGGUUGAAGAAGCGACCACUACAUUCCCACGCAUCCCGCGCAGCAGUCUUAGCGGCAGCUGCAGCUGGAUUUUUGAAAGUAAGCGCGCAUAUCGGACGCGAAUCAAUUGGAUGCGCGUUCGCUUUAGAGCGCGCGUGUCUUAUUUUUUGAGGAAAAGUCUCAAGCCAAAGAACCACUCCAAGGUUUUAACCCGAUUCAGACUGACCAGGUUUGGAUGGGAGCGCCUGCGGAAAGGCCGAAACGGCGUGAAAUUCAACUUGACGGCAAAACAAUUCAAGAAGCGCUACUCCAUUACCUACGUCUCUCGCCACGACCUGAAGAAGUUCAAGUAUCAAACGCCAGGCCACAAGCUGCGAAUUCGAGACCCCCCGAUCGACUCCAAUCCAAACAUUCAGGCUGUUAGAAAGUGCCUUCCAGCGCACUUUGGCUGA